AUGUACUGUCAACGUGUAUUUUUUUGGGUAUUUCUCCUCAUAUAUAUUGCAACUGGUAUACUUUUGGCUAUUAUUGCUCAUUGGAUACACAACACAAGCGAUGGUUACAAACAGUAUGGAUCUCAUAUUAGUCAUCUUGCCAGAUACUACAUUGGUGGAAUUUCAUUGUAUAUCAUCAUAACAAGUUUCAUUCAUAUUAUCAUUGGUUUCGCCUGUCAGAAAAGAUUGAUCUUCUUUCGAGCUGCUGUGAUUUUCCUCGUUCUUGGAAUCAUCGUCGAAAUCGUCACAGUUGCCCUAGUAUUUCUUAUGCGAACAGGCAUUCCAGCACCUCUACAAAAGACAACAUUAAUUGUCAUAAGUUCACUAACUGCAUAUUUAUUCGUAUUACAAAUGUAUGGCAUCAUUGCUAGUUUAAGUUAUCAUUCAGAAUUACGACACUCCUAUGAAAUCGUUUCAUCCAAAUAG